AUGAUCCCUAUCGCUGUAGAUGGAGCUGUCGAAGUUCCAGCUCAGAAUGUCCCCCUACAAAAUGAUCCAAGAAACCCACCAACUCCUGAUGCCGAUGGCAUUGAACAUCGGUACUUGUCCUUUGAGACGGAUAUCCCACUGAGCCCGGCUCUACCGCCUGGAGCCAAACAUGAGCUUCCUCCCUGUCCAAAUCUCCGUGACUACGACAACCCAUUCAGCUGGUCGUUGACCCGGAAGAAUCUCAUGACCUACCUUUCCUGUUCAGUCAACAUUACAGCCGCCUAUUCUGCCGGCUCUUAUGCGUCACCGACAGCACAGCUGACGGAAAAGUGGGGGAUCUCCGCCGUGGCAUACAAGACUGGCAUCACUAUCUUUACAGCCGGCUUUGGAGUUGCUCCUAUGGUGCUGGCACCGUUCUCAGAGAUCAACGGAAGGAGACCUGUCUUCAUCUUUACGGGGAUCCUGUUUGUUAUAUGUCAAAUUGGCUGUGCGGUGACCGACUCAUUUGCCGGGAUGCUGCUGGCUCGAUUCUUUCUUGGUGUUGGAGGGUCCACCUUUUCUACCAUGGUCGGUGGCAUUCUCGCCGACGUGUGGGUGACGGCUGACCGCAAUGGCCCUAUGGUCCUCUUCACGGGGGCAACCUUGUUUGGGACCGGUCUUGGCCCUCUGGUGUCCGGUUUUGUUGCACAACGCACCUCAUGGCGUUGGGUGUUCUGGAUACAGGUCAUCACCAGCGGCACCUUGGUCGGCCUGGUCACCAUAUUCUUCAAAGAAACCCGCGGCAGUAUCAUUCUCAGUCGCAAGGCAAAGUUACUGAACAAAUGGUACGAGGAACUGGAGGCUGCAGGAGCACUGGGAAUGGAAGUGGAGGGUGACCCUAUUGAUCCGGAGAAGAGCUCAAGGAGGUAUUGCCGGAUCCGAUGGAAGGUGAAGGCAGAUGAAGACAGAAUGUCGCUGAGCAGGAUGAUCGCAGUCUCCCUUUAUCGUCCCAUUCACAUGCUGUUCACCGAACCGGUGGUCUUCUGGUUCAGCCUCUGGAUUGCCUUUUCAUGGGCAGUCCUGUAUCUGCAAUUCGGGUCGAUUCCCCUCGUCUUUGAAGUCAAUCACGGCUUUAGCCUCGAACAGACCGGAGCGGUCUUUACAGCCAUGUCCAUCGGAGCCAUCAUUUCCACGGUCCUCAGCAUCUGGCAGGAGAAAUGGGCUGCCAAGCACUACCCGGUCAAGAUCAACGGCAGUCCCGAGGGGAGAUUGAUGUUCACCUGCAUCGAGUCGGCUUUCAUGCCCAUUGGCUUGUUCUGGUUCGGUUGGACAUGUUACUCUUCCAUCCACUGGAUCGUGCCGACCAUUGCGAUUGGGGUUGCGACAAUGGGCAUCUUCAGCAUCUUCCUCGGAACCUUCAACUACACGGCGGACUGCUAUCAUAUGUAUGCAAGCUCGGCUCUUGCAGCUUCGGGACUUUGUCGAAACUUGCUGGGUGGAUCGUUCCCCCUGGUGACGAAUCAGCUGUUCACAAAUCUGGGUUUCCAGGCUGCGAGCAGUCUUCUGGGCGCCAUCGGGCUCGCACUGACUCUUGUUCCGUGGGUCCUUGUCCUUUACGGACCAAAGAUCAGGGCCAGGAGCAAGAUUGCAAGUUCGUUCACGUAA